AAGAGAGCUUACAAUUUUUGCUCUCCAAAAUGGUGGCUGCAAUCUGUAUUGUGCUGCUAGCUUUGCUGCUACACUCCCUCUCGCCGCCAUGCACCGCUCUCAACCUCACCCUCCCCGGCCAGCAUCCGAGCCCUGAACUGGUUGCUCAAGAAGUUCACAGGAAAGUGAAUGAUUCCAUGACAAGAAGGCAACUGAUCCAAAACUCAGAGAACGACGAAUCUUCUUCCUGCUACACCGGAAACCCCAUCGACGACUGCUGGAAAUGCGAUUCAAAUUGGCCAAACAACCGCCAACGCCUCGCCGAUUGCGCCAUAGGAUUUGGCCAGUACGCUUUAGGAGGGAAGAACGGUGAGUUCUACGUCGUCACAGAUGAUUCCGACGAUGAUCCAGUCAAUCCAGAGCCCGGGACAUUACGAUACGCCGUUAUACAGCCACAGCCUCUCUGGAUCGUCUUCCCCGCCAAUAUGCUCAUCAAACUCUCACAGGAACUCAUCUUCAACAGCUACAAAACCCUAGACGGCCGCGGCGCCAACGUCCACAUCGUCGGCGGCGGUUGCAUCACCUUGCAAUACAUAAGUAACAUCAUCAUCCACAAUAUCCACAUCCACCAUUGUUAUCCAUCAGGGAACACCAUGGUCCGAUCAAGUCCGACGCAUUACGGAUACCGUACGAAAUCGGACGGCGACGGGAUCUCGAUCUUCGGGUCUAAGGACAUAUGGAUUGACCAUUGUUCACUCUCGCAUUGCAAGGAUGGGCUGAUUGAUGCGGUGAUGGGCUCCACCGGAAUCACGAUUUCAAACAAUUAUUUCUCGCAUCACGAUGAGGUUAUGUUACUAGGUCACAGUGACAGCUACUCGCCGGACUCCGGAAUGCAGGUAACAAUAGCAUUCAACCACUUCGGCGAGAAGCUUGUGCAAAGGAUGCCACGGUGCCGGCGAGGCUACAUCCACGUGGUCAACAACGACUUCACCCAAUGGGAAAUGUACGCAAUCGGAGGCAGCGGGAACCCCACAAUCAACAGCCAAGGCAACCGCUACACCGCCCCAUACGACCGCAACGCCAAGGAGGUAACCAAGCGUGUAGAGACCGCCGAGUCCGAGUGGCGCGGCUGGAACUGGCGCUCUGACGGCGACAUCCUCGUCAACGGCGCCUUCUUCAUCACUUCCGGCCAAGGCCUCGAAGUCAAGUACGAGAAGGCUUACAGCGUCGAGCCCAAGUCCGCCGCCCUAAUCGACCAGCUCACUUGGCACGCCGGUCCACUCGGCGUCGGCAGUAGGGACAACAAUUUGGGCAUGUGGACCACUGGCUCUAAUGGUGGUGGUGGCUAUGUUCUUGGGUCUGGCCCGGAUUACACUGACGACAUGUCGGAAAGCCUCUGGCGGAUUCGGUUUCGAUAUUUUGUUAUGGUAUUUUCUUUCUGUGCAUUGGCACUUGCCUUUGUGCCAUGACGACAGAUCGUCUAGUUAUUGAUGUUAACGGCGGGAAGGCCUGAAAUGUAAAGCCAUUCAUCAGCCAUUACAUGCCAAAACUGAGUUUAGUUUAUAGUUUGUUCACAUUUUACUAAUACUAAAGUUCUGAACUGUGUUCAACAAAAAUCGUAUAGUUGAACGGUGUACAAUUUAGCGUUU